CUUCGUGGCGACCGAUUGAGAAACUACGCUCUCGACAUGGCCGUUCGUAUAACGUUUCUGGCGAUAUUGCUCGUGGUAGGAGUGGCCCUGGCGUUUCCCCAAAAGGAUGGCCAGAUUUUCAGCAACGAGGCCAUAAAACAGGCGCAAAAUACUUACUUGAUUCCGAAAGACGCGACGAUACAGAAAGUACAAGAAGGUAUCGAAUUGGCGGCGUACGAAUCGAUCCCCGGCGACCAGAAGAUCAAUCUUUUCGAAAUCUUGGGAGACCACGUGCCACCCGAAGUAGUGAACAACCUUCAGUCUCAGAUCGACCAAAUAGGGCGGCACUAGAACAGAUUCUGGUGCCCCAUAAAAA